AGAGCCUCGUGACGGAGGGCCUUCGCACGGCCCUGGCGCGGCUGCGGCACUGCACCCCUUCUGGGGGUUCACUGCCAAAUACACCGAAUCCACCCUCAACUCCUGAGCAUCGAGCCCACGUAAGUCGAAUCAAAGGAUGUUCGGAAAACCGUGGUUCUCCUGGAAAAAUUGGUGGGUUGCGGGGUAGCGGGUGUGAUUCGGGGAAUUCAGCAACGUCGCAGUCGUCGUCGCGUGGUCAUCAUGGGAAUGACAAUUCCCGUGAUGGAGAUCUGCUGGCCCACGCAGCUUCCGCUCUACGCAGACUUAAUUUCAAGUCUGCUGGCGGAAGCCGCAGUUGCAAAGCGGUACCCAAAGUGGUUGUUAUGGGCUCCAGCACCAAUUCCGAAACCACAAUCAACACAAGCACGGACAGUGCAAACACCACGGUGACUAUGAUAACGAAUACAGAUGGAGAGCAACACGACGAUAGUUUAGACCUCAUAGAUGCUUUACCAGAGAUGUCAUCUCCUCUCAUUUCGAACCAUUCGCAGACCAAUUCCAUACAUCCCAAUAAUCAUUCAUCAAUGGUGAACUCAAUCCAUGUAGGGAAUGGCACGAAAAAUAAUAACAACAACACCAAUGGCACAGCAAACGCACAACAUAGCACUGCCCUCAAAACUCAGGCACCAAGUUUAAAUAAUGUCCUCGAUGGUCCCGGCCCACCACCACCUACUCCAUUGGUAGGUGCUCAUCAAGAAUCUAGGUUCACCUUCGUUAGUGGAAGAACCCCACCCCUGCCAGAUCUUAGAACGGCAGACUUCUUUAGUACUCCAGUAAGAGGUUCAGUGGAUGCCGGUCAGCCAGAUCCAAAACAAAUCAAUUCUCUUCUAGCAUUGGUCGCAGCUAAAGAGAAAGAGAAGUCAUGCACGAGCCCCGUGAAUCAUAUAACAUCCAAUGGACCAUCUAGAAAAAAUUCUCAGUCAACACCUGAUAAGGAAAAGGGCUCCCUUGAUGCAAAAUGCAACCAAAAAUCGGUAAAACCGAAUAUAAACGUAACUACAAAUCCGUUGGAUAUUUCUCUGUGUGCACAGAAUUCAUGUAACAUGCAGACUUCGAUCGUCGGCACAAGAACUCGUGGAAGAACGGCAGGAGGAGGUACCGGUGGGACCAAGAGAACUGCUCAAGCCACGAUCGUGGUCCAGCAGCCUUCUCUGUCGUUAGAUGCACCUGCUGCCACUAUACUUCUGCGUUCCGACGUCGACGCCAGGCGUCGCGAAGAAAAUAUGCGUCAACUCCUUGACGUGGCCAACACCCUCACUCUCCAGGAGAUUCAUGACAUCGAGAUGAGAUAUGGCAGCCCGCAUCACAGCCGUUCUCAAUCUGUUAAAACACCCGGAAGUCGAGCAUCUGGACGUCCGAAUUAUCUCUGCUUGCCCCAACAGAGGUCGCGAGUGGCAAGCAUGCCAAAUACGGGUGUCGAGGAAGAAUACUACCGACUCAGACACUUCAGCAUAACUGGAAAAGGGGUGGUAAAUAGAGGUGAUUCCCUAAAAAGCCGACGUUCUCGUUCGAACAAUAGCGUCGCUUCUAGCAAUUCGAGCACGGAGCAUUUGACAGCUUCGUAUCCCGGAUCUGCCAGAAAUUCAGCGGCAAAUUCAUUGGCGAGUUCACGAGAAAGUAGUGCUUCCCAGGGCCCUGCGCCUUAUAGAGUAUUAAUGCUUGGAGCCUCAGCAGUUGGAAAAAGUUCCUUAGUCUCCCAGUUCAUGACUUCCGAAUAUCUACACGCCUACGACACCUCUAUUGCGAUAUGUGUUUCAGACGACGAGUCUGGGGAAAAGACGGUCAGCGUUCUGUUGAAUCUGGAAGAAUCUGAGCUGACUUUUAUCGACCAUUCCUGUUCCGAGAUGACGCCGGAGAAUUGCAUAGCUACUUACGAACCUCAUGCUUAUUGCGUCGUUUAUUCAACGACGGAUAGGUCGUCCGUUCGGGUGGCUGAAGAGGUCCUUCAAACGCUUUGGCGCAGCGACCACGUAUCUGCGCGGGCAGUAAUCCUUGUUGGGAACAAAGUUGACUUGGCUAGGAGUAGAUUGGUGUCUACCGAAGAAGGGAAAUCCAUGGCCUGUUCCUACGACUGUAAGUUCAUAGAAACCUCCGUCGGGAUCAAUCACAACGUCGACGAACUCCUGGUGGGACUUCUGACACAGAUUCGACUGAAGCUAGAAAACCCUGAACGGACGCGUGACCUAUUUCGCAAACGAUCCCGCAAGAAUCGCAGCAGAUCACCUUUGGGAUCAUGUUCGGAGAACAACUCGCCCAAGAAAUAUCGUGGCAGCCGAACCAGCGCCAGCCUCAAGGUGCGGAACCUCCUGGGCAAAGUUUGGGCAAGAGACAGCAAGUCCAAGAGCUGCGAGAAUCUGCACGUACUGUAAAGAAGACUGAUCCGUAUCGUACACUCAACUUUGCCCUGCAAGCAGAACUUUCAAAGACGUCUUUCCAUGCGACUACAAAAACUCUGGUGCAUUCAUCGGGUAUCCUGGCUAACAUUUUAUCCUUUUUAAAUCGAUGGGCAACAAUUGUACAAUGCAAUAUGGAAAGCAGAAAUAUUUUUAUGGAGACCAAAAAGAAGACGAAAAAUAUCGCUUGGGAUUCAAUCAACGAUCCAAAAAGAGAGGACGAAUGUUAAGAAAUCUGUAUUUCAAUUACCUAUCAAUAAUUGUAAGGCCAUGAACUGUUGUCAUAAAAAUAAAGUGAUAUUCUGAAAAUAAGAGAAACCAAAUUUUAAAAGUGGAAGUUAAUCAUUUUUAGAGUCAAUGAAAAUUGUGUAAAUGCAAAAGUUAUUAAAGAUGAAUUGAUAAUGUGGUUUACAGAGACUCACUUAUUUUGUGUAUCAACUUUUCAUGUAAAACAUUUUUUCCUCGAUAUAGUUAAGGAAACAAAAGAAUGUACGCAGAAAUAGAAGAAUAACUAGAGCCUGCAGAUGUGAUAUUCUUGUCUUGUUCCAGUUUCAUGUCUUUGAAGCGCUUCCUUCUUACUUUCCCGAAAUGUUCAGCGCUCGGGGGAAAUUUACGAUUAUACGUGUAAAAGUAGUUCGAAAUUGGAUGGACUAAAGAAGAAAUUAAGAGACUGUAGUCAAUAGGAAUAUCAAAACAUGUAAUUGUACGCUCGCCUUCCUAUGAGUCGGUAUUGAUUUCGAAAGUUCAAACUCACCGAUCGCACUAAUUGAAAACGGAAUACAGGGUGGUCCAAAAAAACGAAUACAUAACUCCAAAUUCUUUUCAGAAAUCAAAAAUAUUGUACAAAUACUAAGAGCAAGAUAAAGAAUGGAGGAACAUUCUUUAAAUUCAAACACUAUUUUAUUUCUCCAAUACGAUACAAAUAUUUUUAAAUACUAUCAAGUUAUGAAUUUGUUUCACUUGGUGUUUUUGGAUCCCUAAAGUACAGAAAUAAAAAUCCGGAUCGAUCGCAAACGCAAUUGAAUUUUUAAAAGUGAAUAACUAAAAGAAGGUUCAAAGAGAAAAAAUAGAUAACGGCUGUACGCAGAUUACACACGCUGUAUUUUUUAUUCCUGGUCCACUUCGAAUACGCUUGAAUUAAAUAGGUGACUAUAUCCAAGAUCGUGAUUAAUCAGCGACCAAAAAUUCCUUGGUCUCUAUUAUCGUAUGUUAUUAUUAAAUUUAUAUAUAUAAUUAUGGUAAUUCUUGAGAGAAAAAAAGAAGAAAAAAAAGCGAAAACUUUUACAAUCCAACGUUAUGACCACGUAUGAAUUUACACAAUUUUUUACAUUACUAUUUUGUACGUCGACGGAUUAAAUAUUAUACCUAAUCAAUAAACGUGCUGGUUUCGAAGAACGGUGGCGGGUUUAGAAAAUCGAAUGAAUAACUAAUAAUUUUCCGAAAUCACGCCCUGAGAACGAUCGAAAAUCGUUUAUUGUCGAUCCUAAUGAACUCGAGGAAGCAACGGAAUGAGCAAUUUUAGAUUAACAUUGAAAUUAGACUUUAUACAAUAUAAUAUAUACAUUCGUGAUGUGUAUAUGUAUAUGCGUUGACGUAUUUGUAACUUUGAAUUUAAUGCGUGUAUGUGGUCCACUAGUGAUUAAGUGCGUAUAAUUAUAUAUUAUAUUACGCGAAAACAACACCAUAAAUAAUAAUUAUUAUUACAGGGAAUGCGAGUUUGACAUUUUUUAUGGAGCUGGACACUUUCUAAAAGAAAUCUAAGCAUAAUUAAAAAAAUAUAUCAUUCAAAUAAGGAACAAUAGUAUUAGAAUAAUAAACUAAAAAUUUCAAAUAAAAUCUCGGAUCUAUACAAAUUGAAAGGGAUUUAAAAGUUGCAGCUUAAAGAAAUAAUUUUUGACUUUGGUGAGAACCAUUUUUUAUUCAUCCUUUUAUAUUUAUAUAAUUAUAUUUUAUUAAAUACAUCUGCCGAGACACUCAUUUUUAAUUUUAUGAAAUCAUAGUUUGGAAUCUAAGUAAAUUGUUUAGCCCAGCAAAUUGUUUUAAAUAUGCAAUUUCUCUUUGUUUCUUUCUUACUUUUUUUACUAUAAAAAGUAUUCAUUUUUUUAAAAAUAAGGUCAAGUUAAAGACCAAAUAAAUCUAAAGGAUUCGAUUAAAAUUUCAAACGUCAUAACUGAUUUGAUUGAUUACCCUAUACUAAAAUACUAAGUAGUUGUAUACCCAUAUAUUUAUUUAAAAAGAUUGAUAAGUAAUCUGAUCCUUCUCCUGUAAAUAUAUUUACCUCUCUUUCGGAGUAGUUGCAAACAAUUUCAGGAAUGGAAUUCAGGAUUUUUAUCAAUAAUCUAAGUACAUUGUCCAAGAAAAGUUAGAGUUGCACUUCAAUGUGAAAAUUCAAGAAGUUUCUGAAAGUAUUCCCGUUUUUCAGUGAAGGCCAUUACAUUUUUCAAGAAGUAUACUUAUUGAUGCCCUGUCCAGUUCCUAGAAAAACGACACAAGUAAAUCAUAGGCGUAUGCACUGAAUUGCACGGGAACGUGUGGGAAAAGGAUAUUUUACGUAAUCACCAAUUUAUCCAUUUACAAGACUCAUAACUAUAUAAAAUACAUAUAUGCCUCUCGAUGUACUUCUUAGGGGAUAUUUGUAGGUCACUGAGUGUUCCGUUUCACUAUUAUAUUUGUAAAAAACCAUUUCUUCAGAAAAGAAAUCAUUUCCUCUUCAGAUUAAAAACAAAAUACCCUAGAAUCAAUAAUUGUUUAUAUUUUAAUGUUAACAAUUGGAUUUAUUUUUCCCUACAAAACAAACCAAUUAAUUUAAAUUUUCACUUUUGAAAUCUUUAUAUUAUUAUUUUGUUUCAGAAAGUAAAUGAUUUCUAUUCUGAAAAUGGGGCCUUCUUCAGCGAAUAUUUUGCUUAUCAAGUAUACAUAAUCUUAGAGCUAUAGGAAGAUUUUUGUCGAUAAAAGAUCACGUAAAUAUAUUAGAAUUCCUUAUCCAAAUAUAAUAUUUGUCGACACAAGCCUGACUUCGUCACCAUAUAAUUUAAAAAACUUUAUUUUAGUACAAUAAUCUGUUCAUACAACCUUUGCAAGCAGAGACAGAGCAAAAGAAUUUUAAUUCAAAUCUGUAAAUAGUCUAAAUUACAAAAAUACAUAUUUUGCCUGCA